AUGGCAGCUUAUUUGCGAAGCAGGGCUAUGCCUUUUGGCAGCUUGAAGAGGCUGGCCACAAGGCCACCGUCUGUGACUGCAGCAGCUCUGGUCGCUCGACGAGCAAAGGCUUCACUGGCCCAAGAUGGCCAGCAGCAGCUUCUCUCGGCGCAUCUCGAGAAGGCCGACCCGGCUGUUUUUGACAUCAUUGAACGAGAAAAAACGCGACAGAAGCAUUUCAUCAAUCUGAUUCCGUCAGAGAAUUUCACCUCCCAGGCCGUACUAGAUGCGCUGGGCAGUGUCAUGCAGAACAAGUACUCGGAGGGCUACCCUGGUGCCCGAUACUAUGGCGGCAAUGAGGUUAUCGACCAGUCCGAGAGACUAUGCCAGCAGCGAGCACUGGAAGCAUUUGGCUUGGAUUCCAAGAAUUGGGGAGUCAAUGUACAGGGCAAGUCAAGCACUAUUCGAAUAUUCGAAGCUUCUGCGUUACAAGUAAAUUAA